AUGAUGAUGAUGAUGAUGAUGAUGAUGAUGAUGAUGAUGAUGAUGAUGAUGAUGAUGAUGAUGAUGAUGAUGAUGAUGAUGAUGAUGAUGAUGAUGAUGAUGAUGAUGAUGAUGAUGAUGAUGAUGAUGAUGAUGAUGAUGAUGAUGAUGAUGAUGAUGAUGAUGAUGAUGAUGAUGAUGAUGAUGAUGAUGAUGAUGAUGAUGACUGA